UCGUCCUCCAGCUCCAACCAGCUAGCUAGCUAGCUAUCUAUCUAUCUAUCUAUCUAUCUAUCUGUUUUAGUCCGUCUAUUUAGAUAUUCUCUCUCUCUCUCUCUCUCUCUCUUCAUAUUCUUGCCUUACUAUAGAUAUAACAUGAUUACAGAGAGAGAGAGAGAGAGAGAGAGAGAGAUAAAUAGGUAGGGAUAUUAUUUUGAUGAAGUAAACCCCCAUCCCAUCCCAACCCAAUCCCCUUCCCCCCUCCAUUGUCUUAGUCGUAUUAUUUCUUCUUCCUCCCAAUACCACCACUACCACUACCAUGCUCGCCGCCGCCUCCUCCUCCACGCCGGCCAGCAGUCCAGUUUCUCUCCUCCCCUCCCCCACCCAUCUCCGACGACUCCACCUUCUUGUCAAGCCCUCCUCCUCCUCCAGACCGCCUCCUCCCAAGUCCGACAGGUCUAGGUCUAGGUCCGUCUCUGUCACCGCCCUUAUUCUCCCUCCCUCUUUCUCAUCCUCAUCCUCUUCCUCUUCCUCAUCCUCUUCUUCCAAACAGCGACAGCAACAGCUGCAGCAGCAGCUCUACCAGCCCUACCGCCCGCCGCCAUCUCCCCUACCCCCAAAGUACCGCUCCCUCGACACCAAGGAGCGCCUCGACAUCCUCACCAAUCGGCUGGGUCUUUGGUUCGAGUACGCCCCUCUCAUCACAUCCCUCCUCCAGGAGGGCUUCAUCUCCACCACCAUCGAGGAGAUUACCGGCAUCGCCUCCCUCGAACAGAACCGCCUCGUCGUCGCUGCCCAGGUCCGGGACUCCCUGGUCCAAUCCACCGACGACGAGGUUGUUUCCUACUUCGAUGCCCCCUCCGCCCCCGAACUCCUCUACGAAAUCCGCACCCUCAACACCCCGCAACGCGCCCUGGCGGCGCGUUUCAUCAUCGACUACGGCUUCGACGGCAGGAGAGCCGAAGAGCUGGCGAGGUCCAUGAAGGAUUACCCCCGGCGGUACGGGGAGAGGGGGUGGGAGAGCUUCGACGGGAACCUGCCCGGAGAUUGUCUGGCCUUCAUGUACUUCAGGCAGGCUCAGGAGCACAGGUCGGCCUCGUCGCCGGAGCUGAGCAAGGCCAUGCUGGAGAGGGCUCUGGAGGUGGCCACGACGGAGAGGGCGAAGCAGAGGGUGAUCCAGGAUGUGGAGGGGGGCAGCGACGAGGACGACGGCGACGGCGGCGGCAUAGAUGACCGGGUGAGACUGCCGGUGGUGAGGAUGGAGUUCGGGGAGGUCGGGCAGUCGAGCUCGGUCGUGGUACUGCCGGUGUGCAGGGCGGAGGAGAGCGAAGCGGCGCCGUGGGAGUGCGGAAUGGGAGGGGAGUUUGGGGUGGUGCAGGCGGAGAAGGGGUGGAGCAGCUGGGUGGUGCUGCCUAGGUGGGCGCCGAUGGCGGGUCUGAACAGAGGGGGGGUUGCGGUGGCGUUCCCCAGGGCGAGGGGGGUGUUGCCCUGGAGGAUCAAGAGGAAGGAUGCGGCAGAGGAGAUCCUGGUGGUGGUGGACCGGGGGCUGAAGGAGGAGGAAGAGGGCGAGGACGAGGGGUGGUUUCAUCUGGUGGCGGCGGGGAGUGAAGGGGCGAAGGUGGAGAGGUGGAGGGACAUGGAUGCGGAGAAGAAGGGGAGGAGCCUGGGGAGGGCGGUUUUGGUGGUGAAGCCCCCCAGGGAUGAGAACGAUGAGUUGAGCCCCGAGGACUGGGACUGACCCACCGACCUGGUAGUUUAAUGAACUCCACUCCCGCACUAAUCUAUCUGCUUCUGUGUCCUCUGUCUGAUAAAGCCUCUACCCUACCCUACCCUACCCUAUUAUACACCUUACUACUGCUUACACAUCACGAGGAGGGCUUGCUUCUCCUCUCCAUACAAAAAGUUCCAACAGUUGGUUAAAUCCUUUAACACAGCAAGGAGCAUUUUCAGAAUUCAUAAA